AGAAUGAAAACCAAUCACUAUUUGAUAGCUAUCCAUACGCUCUACAGGAGAGAUCUGGACAGAGCGGCGCGAGGACGGGAGAGAGAUAAGAGGAGGGUAAGAGGGAGAAGAGGAGGAGGAGGGAUCAGCGUUUUAGGGUUUGGAAAAUCCUAAAAUAACAGAGGAGUCGAGUGUGAGAGAAGGUCUAUAGAGAGGGAAGAAGUGAGAUCGAGAGCUAAGAGCGACCAGAAGAGAGAUAACGUUAAUAGGAGUGUGUCUAUAAAGGCUCGAAGCUACCAAUUUCCUGAAUUCAUAUCGCUCUUACCCUGAGAAUGUCGGAGAGAAAGCUUGUGGUAUUGGGUAUCCCAUGGGAUGUCGAUACGGAUGGCUUGAGGGAUUACAUGAGCAAGUUUGGGGAACUUGAGGAUUGCAUAGUCAUGAAGGAGCGGAGCAGCGGUCGUUCUCGUGGUUUCGGAUAUGUAACAUUUGCAUCAGUUGAGGAUGCAAAGAAUGCAUUGUCCAGUGAGCACUUUCUUGGCAACAGAAUCCUGGAAGUAAAAGUUGCUACACCAAAGGAGGAAAUGAGAGCACCGUCAAAGAAAGUCACCAGGAUAUUUGUGGCCAGGAUCCCACCAUCAGUGACAGAAGCAGCUUUCCGGAGUUAUUUUGAGCAGUAUGGUGAUAUAACAGAUCUAUACAUGCCAAAGGAUCCGAGGACUAAAGGGCAUCGUGGAAUUGGGUUUAUUACUUUUGCUAGUGCUGAUUCUGUGGACAAUCUGAUGAGUGAAACUCAUGAAUUGGGAGGCUCAACAAUAGUUGUAGACAGAGCGACACCCAAGGAGGAGGAUUUCAGGCCAGUAAGUCGUAUGACACAAGGUGGUUAUGGUGCAUAUAAUGCAUAUAUCAAUGCGGCAACUACAUAUGCAGCUCUUGGUGCCCCUACCUUAUAUGAUCAUCCUGGCUCUAUGUAUGGAAGGGGCCAAUCUACUCGAGGAAUGGGCAAAAAGAUCUUUGUUGGGAGGCUCCCUCAAGAGGCAACAACAGAUGAUCUUCGCCAAUAUUUUGGUAGAUUUGGUCGAAUUUUAGAUGUCUAUGUUCCAAAGGAUCCCAAGAGAACUGGCCAUAGAGGUUUUGGAUUUGUGACCUUUGCUGAAGAUGGUGUUGCAGAUCGUGUCUCUCGAAGGUCCCAUGAGAUUUGUGGACAGCAGGUUGCCAUAGACUCAGCUACCCCUAUCGAUGAUGCUGGCCCCAGCGGAAACUUCAUGAUGGAUAAUCCGGAACCUUAUGGGGGCUAUGGUGGUCCCAUGCGAACAUAUGGGCGGAUGUAUGGAAGCCUUGAUUUUGAUGAUUGGGGCUAUGGCUUUGGUGGAGGAAGAACUUCACGGGCAGAUUUGAGAUAUCGGCCAUACUAGAUAAGAAGAGGGUUAGCAACUGUCAAGGCUCUCCUGUAUUUCGCUCCGCUAUAUUUUCAUGGCAUCUGUGUAUUAUUAUUAAUAUUAGGUUUGGUGGUUUGGUUGGACGUUGAAAAAUCAUUGAAUGUUGGAACACUAUAGAAACUUCUGACUGAGACAUUCAUAUCAAUUCCCUUGGUAUGUUCCGUUCCAGAACGGGUGCCCUUGGUUUCGCGGAGCUUAUCAUAAUUAGUUAUUAUAUUUAUUGUGUUAUUAUAGAUGAUGGGAAGUUGGCUUCA